AUGGCAACCUCAUCCUCAUCCGCCGACACCAACGGGGUCAAGGCCGCCCCCAGGGUGCCCGCGGGCCUGCCCAUCGUCUUCCGCGACUCGACGCCGCGGGAGGAAUUCCUCGAGUCGGCGUGGGGCCACGUCUUCAACCACCGGCGGGCGACCGGGGCCCGCGUCCCCCGGGCCGUGGUGCACGCCACCAAGGCCGCGCACGUCGCGCAGGCGGUGCAGGUCGCGCGGGACCUGGGCUGCCGGGUCUCGGUGCGGUCGGGGGGCCACUCGUGGGCCGGGUGGAGCGUGCGGGACGACGCCGUGUGCGUCGACCUGGGCGCGCUGCCGGGCGGGAAGCAUUCUUCCUCCUCGUCCUCGUCCUCCACAGCCACCGCGGGCGAGGUGGAGGGGCUCCAGUAUGACCCGCGCACCAGGAUCCUGAGCUGUCCGCCCAGCGCCACGGGGCGGGUUGCCAACGGGUUCCUCGCGACCAAGGGGAGGAUGUUUGCCGGUGGGCACUGUCCUGAUGUUGGGCUGGGCGGGUUCCUGCUGCAGGGCGGGAUGGGGUGGAAUUGUAAGAACUGGGGGUGGGCUUGUGAGAGUAUUGUUGGCAUUGAUGUCGUCACCGCGGAUGCGAGGGAGACUUACUGCAGCGAGAGUGAGAAUGCGGAUUUGUUCUGGGCUGCGAGGGGUAGCGGGCCUGGAUUCCCUGCGAUUGUGACGAGGUUCCAUCUCCUCACUCGGCCGCUGCCAGAGAUGCAUCAGAGCAUCUAUAUUUGGCCGAUAUCCGAGUACCGCAAGGUGUUGAAAUGGGUCAUUGAUAUGUGCGAAAUAGGCGACAACGACACCGAGAUGGUCGCAGUCGGGCAGCACAUCGACAGCCACCCGGACCCCGUGAUAAUCGCCAACUUCCUAACCUUCAAGCCGACCAAGGCCGAGGGCGAGGCCGCCCUCAAGCCAAUGCACGACGACCCAGGGCGGCCCCCGAACCCGCUCGUCGAGGACUUCGCCAAGCCCACGACGCUGCCGGAGCAGUACGCGCCGCAGGCGGUCGCCAACCCGGAGGGCCACCGCUACUGCUCCGAGAACGCGUACGUCAGCAACGACGCCGACGUCCCCGCCGUGCUGGAGCAGGCCUUCACGGCGCUGCCGCACCGCAAGGCGUUCGCGCUGUACUACAGCAUGUACCCCACGUCGCGACGACCUCGCUACCAGAAUUACGGGGCCAGCGACGCCGGCGACGCGGGCUCCAUGGCGCUGUCGAUGCACACGGACCACUACUUUGCUCUGUACACGGUGUGGGAGGACGAGAAGGACGACGAGAGGUGCGUCGGGUGGACGCACUCGGUCGCGCGCGAGGUCGAGCGCUCCGCGGACGGGAGCUACCUCGGCGACUCGGAUUUCCAGCACCGGAGGACCAAGUUCUGGAGGGGCGAGAACGCCAAGAGGCUGAUGGAGAUCAGGCGGAAGUGGGAUCCCGAGGGGAGGAUCUGUGGGUAUCUCGACGAGGGGGACAAGAGCGGCGUUGAUGGGCUGAAGAACGAGUUUGAGUGGAAGUAG